UGUUUACUAAAUUGUAAAUGCCGGUGCUGAUUGCGUGGGAGUGGAAGUUUUAGUUUUAGCAACAAUUUUAAGUGAAAAAUAGUUUGAAAUGCUUUUGUAACUUGUAUUUCAUAGACGUGAGAAUCAAAAUUAAAGUUCAACUUGCAAAAUGAAUAGAUUUUAUCCAGAAAUUGAGGGCGAACGGACCUUCCAACGCAACAUAAUUUUACAAACCUUAAACUCUAGACGGCUCCUAAUCGACCACGUCGAAAUCAUAGAAGAAUGUCUCGCCACUAUCGAUUCGCCAGAAUCCUCCUCCUUCACAACCGCAAAAUUCCUAGCCCUCACUUCCAUCGCGGCCACCAGCGUCAGAUUGCUUCUCCCUUAUCGGACCGCCUUCCGGUGGACGCUCCCCGCGAUAGCUUUUACAACGGCCGCCUACACCACCUGCUACUCGCUCAAGCUCGCCCGCCGGUUCCACUUCCGGCGCCAGGAAGCUUCCCUCACCGGCCUCAUCACCUCGCUCGAUCGCUUCGAGGCGGCCAUUCGGCGCAAUUUGCUCUUCCUGAACGAUGCCCAGCAUGCCACGCGGACGACAAGGCUUGCCCAGCAGGAUUGCUUCGCCGGGAAUUGCGUCCGGGCUUGCAUGGCCGCGAUCAGAAGGAUUCACGAGACCGUUACGGGGUUGGAGCGGAACCACGAGCUGGACGAGCGUUGGAGGGAAGUUUACGCGCCGAUGGAAGCGCUGGAAGAUUGUGAACUGUUUGCGGGGGAGGAGGUUAAUUACGAGGCGGUGAAGGGGGCGGCCGGCGUUAGGACCAUCAAGGAUUUGUACAACAUUUACGCGUACAUUCAGUCGCAGUUUCUGACCAGGUUGGCACUUUCCGUGGCUUGUGGAUUGCCAGAUCUUAGCUUCUGCAAAUUGACGGAACUGUCCACGGGGAUUGACGCCCUCCGGGAUGAUUGCAUGAAAUAUAUCGAUAGAAUAACUGAAGCAAAGAAAGAUGUUUCUGCGCGACCAGUCGUAAAAAAAGUUCCUCCGGAAGUGGCCAACCUGCGGUCACUUUCAACUGCUCUCUCGAUGAAAAUGCUUAAAACUGUACAUCAGUACAACCAGCUGGAAGAACUUCUCCAAGAAUCAACCCAACAUUACGAAGACUCCAACUUUAUCAACCAGCUUCCCUCCCUGGAACUGUCCCUGGCGGACAUCUCCUCCGAGCUGGCCGCCUCCGACGAAGAAUGCCAACGUCUGCUCAUCCUCGUCAAAAAGCUCGCCAACAAGGAAGAUCCGCUGCCCCAACUACCACCACCGUCGGAACAACAACCGGAAGUGGACCCUGCCCCAACCUACUCCGCCCAGUACAAUCCCCCGCAAAAGGACGAGUUCUUCGCCGUUGACGGCAACGAGGCCCGCGACUCGGACGGCAACGAAGACCGGCCCCCAGACGAGCUAGAGCACAUCGAUUCUCGCAUCGUGAAGCGCCACUUCCGGCCGGUGCUGCAGCAGUUGCGCGAGCGCAUCGAACCGAUCGGGGUGGAGUUUCGGAAGCGCGAGAAGCGAGCCCUACAGGAUAAGGGAAUUCAGCUGGAGGAGGAGGAGGAAGUUCCGACGAAAAACACGCUGUACAGCAGCAGUGAUUCGGAAGACGAGAGUGAGGGAGCGGAGCGGAAGGAUAAAAAGUUUCAGCGCAGUGUGGAGCGGUACGACGAGGUGCGAGGGUUUUUGGCCGCGAAGCAGCAGAUGAACAUCUUUGGGAUUAUGCCGGCGAUGGGAAAUGGGAUGGAGGAGGAGGUGCUGGAGUAAGGACUGGGAAGUGCAGGAUCCUAGCAAAAAUCUGGUACCGGGACAAGAUUCAGCCGAAUUGGCAAAGGAGGUGAAUGUCCAGAAAGCAAAAAAGUGCAAAAGUCAACGUAACCUCCAGGAACAAUGCUCAGUGAGAUCUCAGAUGUCUUGAUCGGAAGAAAAAACUCAUGUCAGCACACGAUAACCUUACAAAGCGGAAGUAAUUGAGUUGGUGUUAGGUGAUUUGGAA